AUGUCAUCCGAUAGUUUAAAUGAUCUCAUUCAUAAUCUUCUCAUGUUCAUCUUAGAAUAUAAUUGGAUAUAUAAUUUUCAAUGGAUUGGUGAUUUAUGUAAGUCUAAUAAAGAUUCUUCUCAUUUAUGUAUAUCAUCUACUAUUAUUGAAAAUUUACCAAAAUCUUGGAAAACUGUAUUAAUGACUGCGAGUCUUCAAAAAUUACAA